AUGCUCACACGAUACGGAGUCAUCUCAUGGCUCACCCUGUCGACUCUGGCAGCCGCCAACCCUCCAGUAGCGCCUCCAGCCCAGCAGCAAUGCGAGCCUAAGACCGAGACGAUUGUACACACUGUCCACGAGACUGUUCAUGUUCCUACAACAAUUCACAAGACGGUACACGUCACGCUGCCGGGAGAAGUAAAAACAGUCCACGUUCCCGUUCCGACGACGAUACAUCAGAUCGAGACCGUCCACGAGAAGAUACCUGUACACGUCACCGUUCAUGUUCCGACAACAAUCAAAGAGACUGUACACAUCACUCAGCCUCCUAAAGUGGUGAAGGAGACAAUACACGUCACCCUGCCCCCGCAAGUUGUCAAGGAAACGAUUCAUAUCACCGAAACGAAGAAGGAGGUCCAGACUCUUCCUCCGCAGGUGGUCAAGGAAACAGUCCAUAUCACUCAGCCUCCUCAAAUCGUUAAGGAGACGAUACACGUCACUCUACCUCCCCAGACGGUCCACGUCACGCAACCUCCUCAAGUGAUUAAAGAGACAAUUCAUGUUACUCAGCCGCCUCAAGUCAUCACGGAGACGAUACAUCUCACUCAGCCUCCUCAAAUCGUCAAGGAGACCGUACAUGUUACCUUACCCCCUCUGCCUCCUCAAACAAUUCACGUCACCCAGCCUCCCCAGGUCAUUAAAGAGACUGUUCAUGUCACACAGCCUCCUCAAGUUAUCAAGGAGACUGUACACGUUACCUUGCCUCCGUUGCCUCCUCAAACGAUUCACGUCACUCAGCCUCCGCAAGUUAUCAAGGAAACCAUACACGUCACUCAACCACCUCAAAUCAUUCGGGAGACUCUGCCGCCUCAGAUCAUCAAGGAGACUCUGCCUCCUCAGAUUGUCAAGGAAACCGUUCAUGUCACCCUUCCUCCAGUCAGGGAGACAGUACAUGUGACCUUGCCUCCUCAAAUCAUCAAAGAGACUCUGCCUCCCCAAGUUGUCAAGGAGACUGUUCAUAUCACGCAGCCUCCCCAGACAAUCAGGGAGACUCUGCCGCCUCUGCCGCCUCAGAUAGUCAAGGAGACCAUUCACGUCACUUUGCCUCCAGUCAAGGAGACGGUUCAUGUUACCUUGCCUCCCCAGGUAAUCCACCAAACAGCGCCGCCUCAAGUCGUCAAGGAAACAGUACACGUUACCCUUCCUCCUCAGGUGGUCAAGGAAACGGUUCAUGUCACCUUACCUCCCCACGUUAUCAAAGAAACGGUCCACGUUACGCAGCCUCCUCACGUCAUCAAAGAGACGAUUCAUGUUCCUCAGCCUGCGCAGACCGUACACGUAACGCAACCUCCCCAAGUCAUCCAUCAAACGGUUCACGUCACCCAGACGGUCAGCCAUUGCGCAACGACUAUCGCAGCGCCAGUCUUGGGCCAUCAACCGUCCCCACCUCCGGCAGUUUAUCCCUCAGCGGCACCGGUGGCACCACCGGUUCACGAAGCUCCCCCUCCGGCCCACACCAUGGCCCCUCCAGUCCAUACCCCUCCGCCAGUCGAGCACCCUGCACCAGUAGCACCGCCAGCUCAUCAAGCGCCGCCUGCCGAAGCGAUGCCCGUUCACUCGCCUCCGGCUGAGGCCAUGCCAGUACACACACCUCCCGUAGAGGCUGCCCCGGUCCAUACACCUGCUGCAGCCCCUCCCGUUCAUGACGCUCCGGCAGUUGCCCCUUCAGCUCACGUAGCGCCUCCCGCUGAGGCCGCGCCCCCUGCUCAUCAGAUCCCUCCCAUCGGAUUCACACCAAUCAACCCCCCAGCUGAGCCCGCAGCAGCACCAGCACACCCCAUGAAGAUGAGGUUCAUGGCCAGGAGAUAA